UUCACCGGGGAGGCCUUUGAGAGCCACGAGGGGGUCUGCCCGCAGGAGAGCGUGUACUGUGAGAACAAGUGUGGGGCCCGAAUGAUGAGGCGGCUGCUGGGCCAGCACAUGAUGGCCGAGUGCCCCAAGCGGACCCAGCCCUGCGCCUACUGCACCAAGGAGUUUGUCUUUGACACCAUCCAGAACCACCAGCACCAGUGCCCCCGCUACCCCAUACCGUGCCCCAACCAGUGUGGCAUGGGGAGCAUCCCUCGCGAGGACCUCAACAGCCACCUGAAGGAGAACUGCAGCACGGUGCCCGUCCUGUGCCCCUUCAAGGACGCCGGCUGCAAACACCGGUGCCCCAAGCUGGCGAUGGGCCGCCACAUGGAGGAGAGCGUGAAGCCGCACCUGGCCAUGAUGUGCGCCCUGGUGAGCCGGCAGCGGCAGGAGCUGCAGGAGCUGCGCAGGGACGUGGAGGAGCUGUCGGUGGGCUGCGACGGGGUCCUCAUCUGGAAGAUCGGCGGCUACGGGCGCCGCCUGCAGGAGGCCAAGGCUCGGGCCAACCACGAGUGCUUCAGCCCGGCCUUCUACACCCACAAGUACGGCUACAAGCUGCAGGUGUCCGCCUUCCUCAACGGCAACGGCAGCGGCGAGGGCACCCACCUGUCCCUGUACAUCCGCGUGCUGCCCGGCGCCUUCGACAACCUGCUCGAGUGGCCCUUCGCCCGGCGGGUCACCUUCUCGCUGCUGGACCAGAGCGACCCGGCCGUCACCAAGCCCCAGCACGUCACGGAGACCUUCCACCCGGACCCCCACUGGAAGAACUUCCAGAAGCCGGGCACCUGGCGGGGCUCCAUGGACGAGAGCGCCCUGGGCUUCGGCUACCCCAAGUUCAUCUCCCACCAGGACAUCCGCAAGCGUAACUACGUGCGCGACGAUGCCGUCUUCAUCCGGGCGUCCGUGGAGCUGCCCAAGAAGAUCCUGAGCUGAGGCCGGGGGGCUUGUCCCUGCUGCUGAGGCCCGGGCCGGCCAGGCGGGCGGCUCCUGGAGGGGGGCGGGCCCCCCCUUUCUCCCCGCCCGCUGGGCUCCCACUGUGUCCCCCCGCCACACCCUCCCUCAGGUGCCUCUUCUCGGUGCUUUUCCCCCAGUUCCCCGCGCCCCGGCCCCCCGGGGGAAGGGCAGGGGAACCGCACACUGGGGUCUUCAAGGGCUUGAAAUCAAUGAUCCUAUGAGCCGUCUCCUUUCCUGGGGGGCCCCGACUGCCCACUGUACUGUACUGGGGAGCAAGGCGAGCGGCUUGGCCCCCCAUCCCAAGAGCCAUAGGGAGGAGAGGUGGGGCCGGAGUCAGCCACCGCUGGUGCGGUCAGCUCGUUUUAACUCCUCCCCCUCCCCCACCCCUGAAGCUGUGCCCUCUGCGGUUAUUUAUUCCUCGGGUGCCCGGCGGGGCACAGCGGGGGAGCCCUGGUUUGUAAUAAAUUCUGGAUUGUGUAUUUAUUAA